AUGACAGAGAAAGAUGAGAUGACAGUGCCUCAAGCAUUGCCACCAAAGAUGAAAGAUCCAGGAAAGUUCACAAUCGCUUGUACCAUUGGUGGAGUAAAGAUCCUACAUGCUUUAUGUGAUUUAGGGUCUAGUAUCAAUGUCAUACCACUGAAUAAGUUUAAGGAAAUGAAACUGGGAGAGAUCAUAUCGAGUAAUAUGACUCUCACUUUAGUUGAUUCAUCUGCUACUCACCCGCUUGGUAUCAUACAAGAAGUAUUAGUGCAUGUCGAUGGUUUAGUCUUCCCUGCAGAUUUUGUGGUAAUUGACAUGAAAGGAGAUUCAGAAGGAUCAGUUAUUCUCAGAUGCCCAUUCUUGGUAAUUGGGAAAUCUUUGAUAAAUGUGGAAAUAGGUGAAGUUGUCUUGAAGUUCAACAAGGAAAAGGAGGUGUUUAAUGUGUAUGAAUGGACACCUUAUGUGGAUGAUCUGGAGACAUGCUAUAACUGGAAGAAAAAGGUAGUAAGGUUGAUAAAGGAAGGAAACGAGUGA